CCCAAAAAUACAAUAUAAUAUUCAUAUUUCGUCAAACCCUUCAAACUGCGCUCCCAAAUUUUCCACACACAAACACACUCUACAUCUCUACACUGCCGCGAAACAGGUGACGGAAAGGAAUAUGGAAGGAGACGACAAAUCGGACGGCGCGGUUUCGACGACGCGGCGGAGGCUGUGCACGUGCUCAAAGGACGAUUUUCUCCCUGAGGAAUCGUUCCAGAGCUGGGGGAACUAUGCGAGUGCAUUGAGACAGACUCCGGCGCGGCUGCUCGACCGGGUGACGUCGCGGUCGAGCUUGGAGGCGGAGCUGGAGGUCAAGGCUCGGAGCGGCGGACAGAUGAAGAGGACGCUUACUGCGUGGGAUUUGAUGUGGUUCGGCAUGGGCGCUGUCAUCGGCGCCGGAAUAUUCGUCCUCACCGGGCAAGAGGCGCACAUCCACGCCGGCCCUGCCGUCGUUCUGUCCUACGCCUUCUCCGGCCUCUCCGCCUUGCUUUCCGUCUUCUGCUACACCGAAUUCGCCGUCGAAAUUCCUGUUGCUGGUGGAUCAUUUGCCUACUUGAGAGUGGAGCUCGGCGAUUUCGUGGCAUUCAUAGCUGCCGGAAACAUCCUACUCGAGUACAUCAUCGGCGGAGCAGCGGUGGCGCGUUCCUGGACGUCCUACUUCGCCACGCUCUGCAACCGCCAACCCGAAGACUUCCGGUUCGAGGUAGACGGCUUAGCAAAGGACUUCAACCAGCUCGACCCCAUCGCCGUCGGCAUCAUCAUACUCGUCUGCAUCAUCGCCGUCAUGAGCACAAAGGGCUCCUCCCGCCUCAACUACAUCGCCUCCGUCGUCCACAUCAUCCUAAUUGGUCUAGGAAAUUUCUCCAGAAAAUACAAAUGCUCUUCGGGGAAAGCAUCGGGUAUGGCCUCUUCUGUUUCCCCUUGA